GAUCACUUUUUAAAAUUGUUGUUAUUGUUUUUAAUCCUCCUCCACUCUCCCUCUCCCUCUCCCAUCUCCCUCUUUUCCCCUCCCUCUUCCCUGAUUUCCCCUCCCACUGCCAUCUCCAUCACUGUCGCCACAACCUCCUCCUCCUCCUCCUCCAACACAACUUAAAGAAAGACAGGAGCGUCUGAUUCCUUCAUCUGUGGGAAUUCGUUGCUGUUGCAAGUUUACUACGUGAGAUACAUCCAAUGCCAAGCACGAAAGAAGAAGAGGAGGGAUAAAAAACAAACCCCAAACCCUGAAUCAUAACAAUACCCAUACCCGAGAGGAAAGGAGCGGGGAAGGGGAAAGAAAAUCCCAAAGCCGGCAGCUAGAGGAGCAGGAAGGGGAGUGGAUUGUCCCGUCCUCCUCCAGGGCCACCCCCCCUUCCCACCCCCUGUUCCCCACCAAGAUCAGGUGGAGAAGGAGGAACUAGCAGAGGGGGCAGUGCGGCGGGUUGCGCAUCUUCUCCCAGUCUGCUUCUCUGCCUCUGUUGUGCAGUUUGGAUUUUUUUUUAAUUUGAUUUAAUUUUAAUGUUUAAUUUUGGGGGGGAGUGAUUUCUGUGAUAGUGACACAGAUCUCAGUGGCGUGUGUGUGUGUGUUCGUGUGCGCGCGCGCGCGUGUGCGUGUGUUAGGGGGUGGGGGGCCUGUGUGUGCAGGAAAAGGCACAGCGCUAGCCCCCCUGCAACCCCCCUCUCAUCUUGUCUCCCCCCUCCCUCCCUCCCUCCCUUUCCCUCCCCUGCCCGCCCGCCCCCGCCACAGCUCCUUUAAUACACUUUGGUUCUCCGCCUGGCUUUGGACUCUUCUUCUCCUCCUCCUCCUCCUCCUCUUCCUCCUCCUCUCUCUGGUUUUGCUCCACAACACAAGCAGCUCGAAGCUGCAGCUCCGGGCUGCGGGAGCAGCGGCUGCAACGGCGCGGCGGCGGAGGCUAGCCUAGUAGCUGGGCUCGAAGGAGCCCACGGCUGCGGAGGCUGAAGCUGCCGCUGCCGCUGCCGCGGCUGCUGCAAUUCGAGGAGCCGCCACCGCCUGGAGCAGCCAGGAGCCGAGCGAGGAGAAGGAGCCGCCCCGGAGUUGCGCGAGCAACUGGGGCAGAUAUCAGCGCUUCCUCCGGGUAUAGCAGCCCGAAGCCGAGCGGUAGCCGCAGCCCGAGCGGAGCGAGCUGACCAUGCUGUUGGACGCGGGGCCGCAGUUCCCGGCUAUAGGGGUGGGCAGCUUCGCCCGUCACCAUCAUCACUCGGCUGCCGCGGCAGCAGCGGCCGCGGAAAUGCAAGACCGCGAGCUAAGCCUGGCUGCGGCGCAAAACGGCUUCGUGGACUCGGCCGCCGCCCACAUGGGCGCCUUCAAGCUCAACCCCGGGGCCCACGAUCUGUCCCCUGGCCAGAGCUCGGCUUUUACCUCGCAAGGGCCCGGGGGCUACCCGGGUUCGGCCGCAGCCGCAGCAGCCGCUGCAGCCCUAGGACCCCACGCCGCCCAUGUAGGCUCAUAUUCGGGAGCACCCUUUAACUCCACCCGGGACUUUCUGUUCCGCAGCCGAGGUUUUGGGGACUCGGCUCCGACCGGUGGGCAGCAUGGGCUAUUCGGGCCAGGGGCGGGAAGCCUGCACCACCCGCACACGGAUGCCCAAAGCCAUCUUCUGUUCCCAGGGAUCCAUGAGCAGCACGGUCCUCAUGGCUCUCAGAAUGUUCUGAACGGGCAGAUGCGGCUGGGGCUGCCGGGAGAGGUGUUCGGUCGCUCGGACCAGUACCGCCAAGUGUCCAGCCCCCGGACUGACCCCUACUCGGCGGCCCAGCUCCACAACCAAUACGGUCCCAUGAAUAUGAACAUGGGCAUGAACAUGGCAGCGGCCGCCGCCCACCACCACCAUCACCAUCACCACCCAGGUGCCUUUUUCCGCUACAUGAGGCAGCAGUGCAUCAAACAGGAGCUCAUCUGCAAGUGGAUCGACCCGGAACAACUGAGCAAUCCCAAGAAGAGUUGCAACAAAACUUUCAGCACCAUGCACGAGCUAGUCACCCACGUCUCAGUGGAGCACGUCGGGGGCCCUGAGCAGAGUAACCACAUCUGUUUUUGGGAGGAGUGUCCUCGGGAGGGCAAGCCCUUCAAGGCCAAAUACAAACUGGUCAACCAUAUCCGUGUGCACACCGGAGAGAAGCCGUUUCCUUGCCCCUUUCCCGGCUGCGGGAAAGUUUUCGCACGCUCGGAAAAUCUGAAGAUACACAAAAGGACCCACACAGGAGAGAAGCCGUUCCAGUGUGAAUUCGAAGGCUGUGACAGACGCUUUGCCAACAGCAGCGAUCGGAAGAAGCACAUGCACGUCCAUACCUCGGAUAAGCCCUAUCUUUGUAAGAUGUGUGACAAAUCUUACACUCAUCCCAGCUCCCUGAGGAAGCACAUGAAGGUCCAUGAGUCCUCCCCACAGGGCUCCGAAUCCUCUCCUGCCGCCAGCUCGGGCUAUGAGUCCUCCACCCCACCCGGGCUAGUGUCCCCUAGUGCCGAGCCCCAGAGUACCACCAAUCUGUCUCCGGCUGCGGCAGCGGCGGCGGCGGCGGCGGCGGCGGCGGCAGCAGCAGCCGCUGCGGUGUCUGCGGUGCACAGGAGCAGCGGGACUGGAGGUGGUGGCGGUGGCGGAGGCAGCGGCGGGGGAGGCAGCGGGGGUGCCGGUGGCGGCGGUGGAGGGGGCGGUGGCAGCGGCAGCACCGGCGGGGGCGGUGGGACCGGCGGGGGUCACAGUGGCCUCUCCUCCAACUUCAACGAAUGGUACGUCUAAAGGAGGGGCCAAUCUCCUUUUCCAACCCCCAUUCCCUUCAGUUUUUCCCCGAGUCCAACCAGCCCUCAUUCUCCACCCUUCUUCAGAGAAAGGGGAGAGAACAGUUAGUGAUAGUGGAUGUUCAAUUAUUUUUGUUCAUACCAGCAAAAGGAUUUUAAAAGUUAAAACAAAAGAUCUAAUCUCGAAGAGCAAAACCUUCCCUUCCAAAGUCUCGGAAACUAAAAAAACAAAAACAAAAACAAAAAAACCCACAAAAACAAAAAGACACGUACAAAAAAACAAAAACAAACCAACAAGGACACCUAACACAACAACAACAACAACAAAAAAAAACCCAAACCAAACUCCCUUGCUUUCCUCCUCCUUGCUCUUCCUCCACUCCCUCUCCAGGUCUAGUUACUCGUCUCUUGACAAACUGUGUACAUAGUGGACUCCCUCCUUCCUUCUCUGAGGUGGUAACGAAGUUUUAAUGGAUUCUUGGUGUAUAGAAGUUUGUCCAUUUGUAAACCGACGAUUGAGUUUCCUCCCCUCCCCCCCUUCCUUGCCCAAAGUGAUGGACUUUUCUUUUCUUUUUUUAUUUUUUUAGUUCCCCGAUUUAUUUUUAAGUAACGUGGAAGAAAAUGGUUUAUUUUGUAUUGUGGUAUUGAAUAUUGUGUUCCUUUUUAUGAGGCAACUUGAUUGUAAUCUUCAUGCAACUAUAGACUGGAAGAAAAAACCGUGCCAAAGUCUCCAUUCUGUUUUUCCAACACAAUUCUAUACAGCACACACACACUCACACAAACACACACCACCACCACCACCAACGCUUGUGAAUGUAUUUUUCUGUUAGCUGGGUUUACAUGUGAUGUUUUAGUGCUUUUGCAAGUUCAAUUUGUUAGUUCCUGUACGGAAGAUUGUGGGGAAAAAUAAACGUUGUGCCGUUAGCUUUUUCCGUAAUAACACCCUUCCUUCUGUAAAUAUCCAUUACCAUAUUUAUCCAUUUGUAAUUAAAUUAUGGUAUUAACUUGCUACAGAGGAAACAAUAUUUAUAAAGAAUGUUUCUUAACUAUAAAUAUGUACAAUUGUGGGCAUAAACUGUUUCAGAAUUUUUAUUUGAAGGUUUAAGUGGUUUCAUCAUUUCUUGUGAUAUGUUUUAAGAGUAAUGCAUACAGAAAUAUAAUAAAAAUGUGUUGAAACUGCAUGAACA